AGGGAGCGGCCGGAGGUGACGCUGGGCGGCCUGCGGCGGCGGCGGCGGUGCCGCCAUGAACGCUCCGCCGGCGUUCGAGUCCUUCCUGCUCUUCGAGGGCGAGAAGAAGAUCACCAUCAACAAAGACACGAAGGUGCCCAACGCCUGCCUCUUCACCAUCAACAAAGAGGAUCACACCUUGGGGAACAUCAUCAAAUCGCAGUUGCUGAAAGACCCCCAGGUGUUGUUCGCGGGGUAUAAAGUCCCACACCCCCUGGAGCACAAAAUCAUCAUCCGUGUCCAAACCACCCCUGACUACAGCCCCCAGGAGGCUUUCACCAACGCCAUCACGGACCUGAUCAGUGAGCUCUCCCUCCUGGAGGAGAGGUUCAGGGUUGCCAUCAAGGACAAGCAAGAAGGCAUUGAGUGAAAGCUCUCCUGUUGCAGCAGGAUGUGCCCAGCAGUUCAGGGCUGUAUUUUCAGCCUCCUGUCGUGGCAAAUUCUUCUCCUCUUGUCCCAUGUAAGUUUCAUUUCUGACAGCAGCAGUGAGGAUUUGAAGUCUCUUUGACAAGCAGCACUGUGCCCCGAGCAGAGGUCUGUUGUUGUGUUUGAGCUGUUGGAUGUCACUAAAAUAAACUCUAUUUUUCUAAUGAAGAA